CUCUUAUAUUCUAGUUUAAUCUCCGAUUCAUCAUCAUGAGAUUGUCUUCAGUUUUAUACCAUCUGCUAGUUUUCAUAUCAGUCCUGUCACUGACCAGGGCACAAACAACAUCUGCACCAACAUUGGCAGAAUCCACACUGGCACCAACCACAGUUUCUUCAGAAACCACCACUGUGGCAAACACUACAGUCUCAACAGACAUUCCACAAACUACAGAGCCAUGGACAGCCACUGAACAAACAACAUCUGCAUCAACAACAUCUCCAAUAACAACAUCUGCAUCAACAUCAUCUCCAUCAACAUCUCCAUCAACAACAUCUCCAUCAACAUCUGCAACAACAUCUCCACCAACAUCUGCAACAACAUCUGCAACAUCUGCAACAACAACAUCUCCAUCAACAGCAUCUCUAUCAACAUCUGCAACAACAUCUCCAUCAUCAACAUCUCCAUUAACAACAUCUGUAACAUCUGCAAUAACAACUCCAUCACCAACAUCUCCAUCAACAUCUGUAACAACAUCUCCAUCAACAGCAUCUCCAUCAUCUCCAUCAACAACAUCUGCAACAACAUCUCCACCCACAACAUCUGCAUCAACAUCUCCACCCACAACAUCUCCAUCAACAACAUCUCCAUCAACAUCUGCAACAACAUCUGCAACAACAUCUCCAUCAUCAACAUCUCCAUUAACAACAUCUGUAACAUCUGCAAUAACAACUCCAUCACCAACAUCUCCAUCAACAUCUGUAACAACAUCUCCAUCAACAGCAUCUCCAUCAACAUCUGCAACAACAACAUCUCCAUCAACAACAUCUGCAACAACAUCUCCACCCACAACAUCUGCAUCAACAACAUCUCCACCCACAACAUCUGCAUCAACAGUAUCUACAACUGCAUCAACAACACUGACAGUAAACAGAAAUGUAAGCAAAAAAAAAAUUUUUUUUUUUUUUUUUUUUUUGCCCAUUCUCUUGGCAGCACCAUUAUUCUACCCAUUCGGCUCAGCAGCAGGAGACACAAGAAACACUGCUGAUGAUGAUGGAAGCUCCUCAGUUAUUCCACUGUUGAGUCCAUUUCUGUUUUUUGGCCGCACAUACCAGAAGAUUUAUGUGAAUAAUAAUGGACACCUCACAUUCAACCAGUCUUCAUACCUAUAUGUUCCUGACUCCUUUCCUGCUUAUGGAGGCCAAGAUAUAAUUGCUGGUCUCUGGACCGACCUUGACAACCGUGCGAGAGGUGUGGUUUCAUAUCAUCAGUACACUAAUGGAAGUGUUCUCACACGCGCCACUCUGGAUAUAAACAAUAAUUUCCCAAAUCUGGCCUUCAACGCUUCUUGGGUCUUUGUUGCAACGUGGGAUAAAGUUGCUUACUACAACUUGACUAGCACAGAAACAUCACUUCAAGUGGUUUUAAUUUCAGGCAGUAAUUUUUCAUUCAUUCUGAUGAACUAUGGUGAUAUUGCUGUAACAGGACAUCUGGUGGAGGCUGGUUAUGACACAGUAAACUCCAGUAACUACUUUGUGAUUCCUGGAUCAAACAACGGGAGCCUCAUCUCAAACCUCAAGAACUCCAGUAAUGUCAAUGUUCCCGGUCGAUGGGCCUUCAGGGUGGAUGGUGGACCAAAGUCAAACAAAGACAACAUCAUUGGACUUCAAGGGAAACUUUCCUCAUUUUUAGACCUAACAGACAGUGGAAACAUUCAGACUGUUUUACAGCAAAUAAAACAGGAGCUGGUCAAGUUUGGUCUGCCAAGAAGCAUAGAGCUGAAGUUAAGAAAACUGCAAAAGAUAAAGCCGUAAAUUCAGUUUCCUCCAGGAAAAGAAAUAAAACAUUCCUGUUCGCUAAGCAUCUGACAGCAAAUAUCCCAUUGAUCAUGUGAAGAUUGUAAAGGCCUUUUCAUUGGUUUCAUUUUAAAGGGGACCUAUUUAUUAUGCCCCCUUUUACAAGAUGUAAAAUAAGUCUCUGAUGUCCCCAGAGUGUGUAUGUGAAGUUUUAGCUCAAAAUAUAUGGGAUUAAAUUCCCGCCAAUAGUAUUGCGGUCACGAAUCAAAAAAUAAUAAGCAUGAAUCAAAAAUUUAACAACACAUGUAAAAAUAUAUAGCACAAACUUAAAAAAAAUAAUGCAGAAUGAUCAGAAUGGCAAAGAACGUGGUCACGGAUCAAAAUAUAAUAAGCGUGAAUCGAAAAGUUAAAAGCGCAUUUAAAAAAAUAACAAGCAUGAA